UCUAUGAUUCUUAUUUGGCAAAACAGGUUAUGUUUUCAAAAUAUAUCACUAUUUUUCUUUAAAAAAAUGUUUCGUAAACCAAUAAAAAUUAAAAGUAACACACCUGUAAAGGGAUCUGAAAGGAAGAAUAUCAAAGAUAAAAUCCACAAAUAUUAUCCUACUCUGACCGAAGAGGAUCUAAAUAACCUAUUGCCUAAGAAAGAAGGUUUGAAUAUCGUGAAAAUUGUGACAGCUUCUAGUGAAAUAAUUCAAGUAUACACAGUUCAAAAGCGUCCCAUAUGUUUCGAGUUAUAUGAUAAACUUUUUCCAACUUUAUAUUUAUUAUGGCAGUUUCCUAAUAUUAUACAUAAUUUCACAACACACAAAGAAGUCAUGAAUUUCAUAAACUCAGGAGCGGAUUUAAUGUUACCUGGUGUAUUAACUCCUCCGGCCCAGUCUGGCCUUCCUAAAUAUGGGUGUGCAAUCCAGAAAGACGCUAUUGUGGCAAUCAACCUUUCAACUAACAAAGCAUCUAUUGCUGUUGGGUAUGCAGCGAUGAGCUCUGCUGAUAUGGAAGCUUCUGGAAGGAGAGGAAAAUGUGUUACCAUAAUACAUCUUUAUGGAGACAAAUUGUUCACUCUAGAAGGACAGAAUGGUUCAGUCCCUAACAUGGGUCCACCUGAAUGGCUAAAUUUCAGUAAUGACCAAGAUUUCCCACCAUUGGGAGCUACUCCUAAAAGGAAAGUAGAUAUGUGCUCAUCAGAAUCUUGUAGUAUGCUUCAACCUGAUGUUGAGGACAUUGUUCUUAACGAGAACCAAAAUGAUAGUGUGGUUGUUAAUGAAGAAAAUAAUCUAGAUGUUGAUGAUAUGAAAAAGGAAAUGUCUGUUGAGGAAGUUGAUGAGCUGUUAUAUAAGACGUUCUUUACUGCCAUUAAAUAUUCUAAAACAUUGACACUGCCAAUAUUGACCUCAAAUUUCUACAAACUACAAAUGCUGGCUAACUGCCCUCCUGGAAUAACCCUGGAUAUUAAGAAAUCUUCAUUUAAAAAAUUGAAACCAUUCUUGGAUAAAAUGUGCAAGGAUAACAUCAUAACAGUUAAAGAAAUGAAAAAAGGUGUUGAAUCCAUUGUCGAAAUCAAUAAAACUCAUCCGAAAUAUGAAGAAUUCUAUGUAAAACCAGAUGAGAGACCUAAGAAAAAUCAAGAUGACUCCUCUUCUAAAAGUGAUACUACAAAUAUAACAGAAUCUUAUAUUGUUACCAACAAUGUGCUUCCAAUUCUCAAUUCCAAGGAACCUAAGUGGCAAAAGGGAGAUACGAUAACUGGCAAUGAUGUGAAAAAACAUGUUAGGGAAUAUAUUUUGCUCAAUAAUUGUCAACAUGAAAAUUCAAGAUUGGUUCAACCUGAUGCAACGUUAUCCUCAAUUUGCAAAAACACGAACCCAAUAGCUUGGGAGGAAGUGAAUGAAAAAGUUUGUGGGGCUAUGAAAAACUGUUUCAAAGUACAAACCGGUCAGGAAGAGAUUUUCAACAAAGGAAAAGUUAGUCCUAUAACAAUGAGUGUAGCAAACCGAUCAGGAAAUAAGAAAGUUACUCUUGUGGAUAAUUUGGAACUUUUUGGGGUGAAAGUUGCAGAGUUUGCCAAAGAAUGUCAGCAUGGGGUGGCUGCAAGUACAAGCAUUAGUACUCCACCAGGGAAAAAAACAGAACAAUUGCUAGUUCAGGGGAACCAAGUCCUCUUUAUCUAUAAUUUAUUAGUUGACAAAUAUCAAAUCCCAAAGAGAUAUAUAAGAGGAUUAGAAAAUGCUCCAAAAAAGAAGAGAUAAUACAUAAUUGAUACUGUAAUAUUUCUGAAUAAAGAUUCUUGUGACUCAAUA